CCGUCACUGCGAGAGGGCUCAUAAAGACUGAUACCGUUUGCGUGGGCAUCGACCGCUUCGUUCCUUCGUCGAAGAAUGCCUCCCGAGCAUCAAUCUUGGUAAACGACUACCCAUUGUCAUUCCAGAAAUUCCCGCACCUGGCACCAUGUCUCUAAACCUAGAAAAACAGCUACGCUUCUAUGGAGCCUACCAUCACAACCUCGUCAAUGUCGGCAUACACAUUGCCUGCGUUCCCGCCAUACUCAUGACCUUUCUCCUACUCUUCACCAACACUCCAUCAAUACCGCUGCCUCCAUGGCUGUCGGUCCCGAAUCUCCCUCCUAAUGUCGGAACUAUCGGAGCAGUGCUAUACUCGACGCUUUAUAUCCUCAUGGAGCCAGUGGCAGGAGGCCUGCUAGCUCCACUCAUCAUCGGCGGCACUGCUUACGCGAACCACCUUACUUCUACGUACGGAGCGACGGCGAACUACUGGGCCGGUGGAAUAAAUGUUGUAUGCUGGAUCGCACAAUUCAUAGGCCACGGGAAGUUCGAAGGAAGGGCGCCGGCGCUGCUCGACAACUUGGUGCAAGCACUCUUCCUUGCCCCCUUCUUCGUCUGGUUCGAGAUCCUCUUCGCACUUGGUUACCGUCCGGACCUGAAGCGCCGGAUAGACAAGAUGGUUGAGGAGGAUAUUAAGAAAUUCAAGGAAAAGAAGGGAGCGAAUGGUGCCGCAAACGGAACGAAUAAGACGUCGUAGGAAGCUCCGGUAGUUUGGAUGGGACAACGAAACUAGAGUGGCAUAGGCGGUAGCGGUUGAGGAGUGGGGGAAAUUACGAAGAUGAGGAGCCCGUAAUGCAACCAGAUGUGAUGCAGUAAGAAUCAUAGUUGACGUAGUUGUAAAUCGCUAGGAAUUGCCUCGGGCGUGAGGAGGAGUAAGAUCCUCGCUGCUGAUACUCAUGACCAAGUGUCUGAAUAUUGACUUAUUGGUUUUGAAGCAGGAUGCCUUUGUAGAUUUUCUAAUCUUCUCAGUAUAGGGGCUCGUUCACUCUGACAAUAAAUUCAUAAAUUGG